AUGGUGGUAUCACUGCAAGAGAUUGCCACUGCUCAGCAGGGCGGUGGCUACACUCAGUUGUUCUUCGUUCACGAGGAGGUCGCCGCGCACGCUCUCGUUGUGCAGUCUGUCUCUACGGGCUUCAUCCUGUGUCUUCCUGCUGACGCUGCUCCCCUAGAGGCUUUGCAAGCGGCUGAGGGCGCUGGUUUUCCUGACCUAUGGGGCCCAUAUCUGGAGGCUGUCGUGGCGUUCGCUGGGCAGCGCGGGGGUGCCGGACGACGUCAGCUAAAUGUCGUUUUGAUCGACAUGGAUGCAUCCGGGCAGGAUCUGCUUUUCACCGAGCUCCCCAGCAACGUUACCGACGAUGCUGUGGUGACUUUCGGCACCGUGCGAGGUCACGUUGUGUGGCCUCAUGGGCCCUCGGCUCUGCAGAUCGCGCGCAGUUUUAUCAAUGCUGGCGGCGACAGGCUGGAGGUGUAUUUGACUGCAGACGAACGCCCCGCAGAGGAUGCUCAGCAAGACAGCGUUUUGGCACAGCUUUUGCAGCAACAGCAAUCCAUACAAGACAUGCUCGCGGGGAUGCAGUCAAAAGUCUCUGCCGUGAGCGGGCUGGAACGCAGGCUGGCGGCCUUGGAGCAAAAACCUGCAACUGCAACGCCGCCUGCUGCCUUGCCGGCUGCGGCUCCUCAGAUGUUUGCCGAAGCCGAAAGGGUCGGGCUGCCCAGCCGUGCGGCCGAACGGCUCAUGGGACUUGUGGGCCCAGCGCCGAGGUGCAAAGGCGAUCUAGGAGGCACGGCUGCGCAGCGCCCUCUGGUUUCCGUGGACCGCGCUGGUGCAGCUACUGCGGAAGAUGGGUCCGAGGCAGACGAGGAGCCGGUGGGCGAGGUGCCAAAGGUGGCGGCAACUCCGGACAGAGUGCUGGCGCAGCUGCUGCAAGCCCAAACCAAGAUUCUACAACAGCUGUCGGUGCGGGAAUUCAAGGAGCGGGAUCCGCUCACUCUGCUCUCUGGCGGCAGCGCCGACGACUGCGACGCCUCUGGCACCAAGAUUGCAGGGGUGCGGGGCAUGGCAGCCAGACAAGUGCUGGUGAAUCAGUUCGACCGGCAUCCCGACCAAGUUGUCCAUGCCAUCAGGCGGCGCCUAGCAGCCGCCCGUCGUCACCCAGAAGUUGUGCAGCCGGCUGCCGAGCAGAUGUACGCCCACUUCAAGGAGACAGUGCCUCUUGGCAAUUACAAGACCCUGACGUACUUCAGCUUCCUGUUGUGCAAAGCCUGGGAGCACGCGGAGCGAGGGGAAGGAGCUGCCUUGCAAGCCACCAUAGGUCUCGGGCUGUGCUUUGCCGAGCAGGUUGCGCACGAGCAAGGGCACACUCGGCUGGGAUGGCUGCUUACGGGAAUACCCGAUCCACCAUUUUCCCAAACGGAGGGACGCCGCGCACCUCGAGCAGACCUGCCCCAUGGGCAGCUGAGCGACCCGAAGUGGAUCGCGACCAACCUUGCUUUCUUGCGGGAUUGCGACAGCAUCGCGGAGCGGACCUACAGAACGCACGAAGCCUUCCGGUCCACAGAGCCACCAGCAAAGAGCGGAGGCAAGGGCAAGCAAAAGAAGCGGCAGCAGGCAGAAGCUCAGGGAGACGGCAGCCAAUGA